UGGGGAGUUUCAGGCCCGGGAGUGAACAUAAUAGUACACUCGCAAAGCCAACUAAAAACGAAGGCUGAGGGGCUUACGUUGCAAACUUCCCUUGCUUGGCUAAUCAUUUGGACCACCCACCAAGAUGGCGACAGGGAUUCCCCCAAGGGCAUAAGGAGAGGCCGCCAUGGAGAGCGGUGGCAGGGGAAACACGUGCGACUACAGCCACAACGUCACCUUCUUCUACGAUUACGUAGGUAAGGAGAUCAGCAGAGACUGGCGUGUCAGGGACUGUGUGGUAGUGGUCCUGGGCCUGACCAUCUGCCUCAUUAUGAUCCUGUCCAACAUAAUGGUGAUGGCGGCCAUCUUCAUCAACCGACGCUUCCACUUCCCCAUCUACUUCCUGCUAGCCAACAUGGCCGCUGCGGACCUGUUCGCCGGCUUGGCCUACACCAACCUCGUGCUCAACACAGGACCCUGGACCAUCAGGCUGUCCAAGCAGCAAUGGUUCAUUAGGAAUGCUCUGGUGGACAUGAGCCUGACGGCAUCUGUGGCCAACCUGCUGGCUGUGGCGGUGGAGCGUCACCAGACCAUAAUUACCAUGCAGCUGCACAGCAAGAUGACCAACCGGCGUGUGGUGCUGCUGAUCGUGUGCAUCUGGGCAGUGUCUAUCAUCAUGGGGCUGGUCCCUUCCAUGGGGUGGAACUGUGAGUGCCAGCUUAGCGACUGCUCAAUCAUCGCCCCGCUCUACAGCCGCAGGUAUAUGAUCUUCUGGGCGUCUCUCAACCUGCUCACCUUUUCUGUCAUGGUGGCUGUGUACGCACGUAUCUAUGUCUACGUGAGACGUAAGGGUAAACGGAUGUCUCAGCACAGCUCCCACCAUCUGAGGCACAACGAGACUGUCUUUAACCUCAUGAAGACUAUCUCUAUUGUACUGGGUGUGUUUGUCAUCUGUUGGACGCCGGGCCUGAUGACUCUGUUGCUAGAUGGGAUCAUGGGUAAAGACAGCCAUGCCUUGACCUAUGAGAAGUACUGUCUGAUCCUGGCUGAGUGUAACUCCCUGGUUAACCCUAUUAUAUACUCCUUCCGGGACGAGGAGAUGAGAAGGACCUUUAAGUGUAUCCUGUGCUGCCUGUGUAGGAGGAGCUCUAACCACCAGGGGGAGCAGUCCCCAGUGGAGUUCAACACACUGCAACCAGAGGUAGAUAAUGGUUGUGAAGUAAAAUCAGAGGAGAAAGCCAACUUUACUGCCCUCCAGCUGAUAAAGACAGAGUGGUGACAAGCCUCUUCACCCUGACAGCUGGAUUAAAUCAUAUUGACACCAUGGACAUUAAGAUCUACAGCCACUUAUGAAUGUAGGCCUCUAUUCAAUCUGUCGCUGAAGCGUUACAAAUUGCGCCAUAGAAAUUUAAAGAUGAUUUCCGAUUAACAUAUGAAGCGUUUACUGUGAUUGCGGGAACAUUGCGUUUACAUUUAAAUCGCUGAACUUCCGUGAUACAGAUUGAAUAAAGCCGUUAGUGGGGUUGAAACAGGAGGACAAUGGACAAGCACGGGACAAUAUGGUUAUUUAUGACGCCAUACUGUCAUGUGUACAUUUUGGGAUGCUUGUUUGUACGUGUACAGUAUGUUUUUGUUUAUCUAGAUGCGUUACACUAAUACUGGGAUAUUCAUAAACAUCCAAACUGUUUAGGGAAAGACUACCUCCAUGUGCCACAGUUCAAUUCUGUGAUACAUUAUAACGAGCCAUGAGAUGCUUUAAAAAUACCAGCAUGGGGAUAUAGGGAAGCCUGGAAUUUAAGCUGAAUAUCACCCUUUCACUAUUUACUAGAAGUGAAACUGCGUGACAUUCGAUCAUGCAUGCAUACAUUUUGCGUACGGGUGGUCCUGUGAAUCGAACCCACAACCCUGGCAUUGCAAGUGCCAUGCUAUACCUUUACCUACUUAGCUACAGAGGCGGGUUUCAAUUAUGAAAAACGGAGUUUAAAUGUAUUUGGCUAAGGUGUAUGUAAAACACCAUCAAAUGGUGUCAUUAUAAAAUGUCACAAGAGCAUAGAUUAAUGACUAAUCAUACAAAUAAAAACCAACCACCAAUUAAUGAAAAGCACAAUUAUUUUAUUCAUUUUUUUCUUCUAAUAAGGAACACUACAACUUGUCAUUCUUUUUACUCGUUCUAGAACAAUUCUAAAGUUGAGGUAUAAAAUGAGUUCGUACAGACUCACAGGUCUUGAAACAGUGGGGUUUUAUAUACAAGAGGCAGAGGUAGAAACGAGAGGGGGUAUUUCAAAUACAGGGGGACGAAGAAGAGGGAGCAAUAUACAAAUAUACUAACAAAACAAAGUGACAAAGGCUUUAAUGUAUCGUUUGAUUUGGUGCUGUGGAAUUCUACGGUCGCAGAUAGAAUAUUAUGUGGUAGAAUCCUACAGUAUGUGACUCAAUAUUGGCUCAACCUGUAUAGGUGUAGCUCCAUUUUUACGUUUAACUGUAUCGUUACUAUAAAAUACUGGGAGAACACAAAAUAUUUAAAAAAUAGGGUCAAUCCAGACAAAAUGGCCGAAGUUAAAUGGAUAAGGGAAAUCAAGGGAUUUCUAAAAAUGUGAGAGACGUUUUUCCCCCCAGUUGAGGUAAGGGCUGAUUAAAUGCAUUCACGGUAUAUGCUAGCAAGAUGGCCAACAAUGGCUCUUGCAUUAAUUCAGCGGUUAUUGCUAAAAUGCGGUUUCACAAAAGUUCCAAUUGGAAUUCACACAGUACCAAACACAACUACAAUACCCGCAACCCCAAAUAACAAAAAGACCAAGUUAAAAUAUGAAAAUAAUCAUUUUUAAAAAACGAACAAAUUAACUUGCCCCAACCUCAAGAGAACAUUAAAGACCAAACAAUCAGGCAACUCACCCAAAAAUAAAGCAGAGGGUUUAUAAAAAGAGAAACGAACAUUCCACAAUCUGUACAGUGACAUCCAUUUACGACCGGUAGAAAAAGACAAGACUAAUUUGGUGUAGUAGUGGUAGCAUUAUUUGUAAGAUAUAAGCUAUAUGAAAUGUUUAUAAUAACAGUAAACAAGGACACUAAUUUGGGUAAUACAAUAUAAGAGUUCUCUGUAACGAUGUCUGUAUAUCUGUUUAAUAUAUAGUUUGUCCUUUAUCAAAAUGCCCGGUACUCUUAACAGUUGAUGUAUGAUUGUAAAUAACAAUUUUAAGCUGAAUAAAAAUAAAAUGAAAUCAGAGAAACUGAAGACUACCUUGUUUAUCGUAAUAAAACCAGUGGUGCCUUUUUGGUAACAGUUAUUAACAGAGUAAAGCCCUUGCUGAUUGGCCAAAUCAUAGAGCUAAACCAAUAGGAUGCAGAUUCUGAGAUGGAGUAAAGGGAGAAAACAACAUGACUUCCCAUGGAACAGGUGCUCUCUACGGCAACGAUGCUCUGUCGUCUCCUCAGCAACAAUACAAUCAAUUCUUUAGCACUAGUGUGACAGACAUAACAGCCCCCCCCCCCCCAUAUAACCCCAAACUUAAACAACGUGAGGCCAGACAACACCAUAAAAAUACAAAUACAAUUCCCUCUACCCCAAAACAGAAAACUUUUUAUUCACCAACUUUGUGUGAAAUAUAAUCAUCAUAAUUACAUUAUUGGUAACUGGUAUUUUUGGUACGAUGCAAAGUUGUAGUGUGGCCUGUGAGCAAAACAGAUUAUUAUGAGUAGAUUAGUUUUUGCCCUGUCUGUUCAGUAGGGCACAACGUAGCAAAACGGUUUGCAACCAAAAACACGCAUUCCUAUUGGAUAAGUUCAGGUAGUAGCAUCUACCUGUAUCACUCGGUUUUAAAAUGUUUUCGCCCUACUGAACAAUACCCUGCUAGUGGGGAGGCCACAGUUGUUAAAUUCACCAAAGACGAACUGAUUAAAAAAAUGUAAAGGCUGAAUGUACUCCAUAACCUCUAUGUGACUUCACUCACUUCAGUGCAUGCCCCAGCAAAGUUCUGAUCCAGAGACCGUUUGGUGGAGUAUAAACCCAGGGUCCUAUUCAUUAGUGUACACCGAAAGUGAAACGUUUUGCACCGUAGCAAAAAUGUUUAGUAAUGGCAAAAAAAAACAAAAAAACUUUUCUUGUUGGACAAAUUCAGGUAAGUCCCUCCCUGUUUAGUUCCUAAUGAAUACGGCC